AACGAACUCCCCACCGAGAAGAAGACCUGACCGACCCGGUCUGCCCGAACUAUCCACCCUUCUUCUUCCUCCCUAUAAAAUCCCCUCCCCUCUGUUCAAACCUCCGUUCAGGGCCGUUCUGCAACCGAAUCCCUGUGAGGAGUUGGAGAGGGACGAUAAGGUAUCUCCUUUUUCUUCUCUGAAGACGAAGAAGAGAUACGUUGAGCCAUGGAGGAGGAUAUGGGAAUCGUUGCGCGGCAGGGAAGGCAGCUACAGCGCUACAACAGAAGCGGAGGCCGCCUCGUCGCAGGAUGCAUUCCUUAUAAGUUUGAUGCGAACUGUUCGAGUAGUGGUUUGCUUGAUUCAAUGGAGGUUCUUGUCAUCAGUUCGCAGAAGGGAGAUGGAAUGAUGUUUCCUAAGGGUGGUUGGGAAAGCGAUGAAACCAUAAAACAAGCAGCUUCUCGCGAAGCAUUAGAGGAAGCCGGGGUGCAAGGCAAUGUGGAGAGAAGACUUGGCAUGUGGAAAUACAGCACCAGAUUGCAGACUAUAAAUGAGGGAGUAAUGUUCCCACUGAACGUUACAGAGGAGCUUAUCAAGUGGCCUGAGAUGGGUGCUAGGAAGCGCAGAUGGGUAUCUGUGGCAGAAGCGAGAAAAGGAUGCACACAUCAAUGGAUGAAAGAGGCUUUGGAUAGAUUGGUGAGGCGACUUUCAACUUCGAUCCGCCGUCGUCGUGUUUGCCGCCGGCAGAAGGCCGUCUCUUCUGAAUUAUAGGCAGUAUAAGAAAGAUUUUGUUUUCUUUGUUUACAACAGCUUUCUUCUUAACUUGGAUGUGUGUGCAUAAAUGUAAAUUGGUUUGUGGGAUCGCAUAGAAUCUAAUUUAAUGAUGAAAUUUAGGGGCAUUUACAUACAUACCAUUUAGUUCCUAUGUAUUUACAUUUCUAACGCUUGAAGUUUGCUUUUUGCAUGUA